UUCAGCUCUCGCGGCUGCUGAUCAAAUCGGUUACUGCAGGAAUACCUUAGAUUUUUUUCUCUGGGGUGAAAAGUUAUUCUCUCUAAAGACUCUCUGGGUUUAUAUUUUAGACCUAACCCCAGGGCUGAAAUUCAACACAGAAAUAGCCUCAUAUUGGCCCUUUUUGGAGAGAAAAGAAUUUGAUGUUAAGAAAUCCAUCCAUGUCAGCAGGAACUAGCCAUGGGCUUGCUGUUGCACCCUUCUGAUUCCUCGCUUGUUAGGAAGGUUGGUGACUGCCAGGUGAUGUCACUGGCUUAGUCCAAGCAGUUUAUCUGGAUUGCAAAAGUAUUCAUCAACUUCAGUGAUUUGAACUUCAAUUCCUAUGAAGACCAGAGCUUGCCUUGUUGGGAUUCCUGGAUUUGUCAUGCUUUCUCCUCAGCAUAACUGAAAGUGAUGUGAAAUGCCUCCAGCUCUCCACAGAUGAUCUUUGCAAGGCUGAAUUUCCCCAGCUCUCUCUACCUCUCCAUGCACAGAAGAUGCUCUAGUUCCUGAGUAAGUGACUGGCCUCACUUCAACUGCAAGAGAAAGAGGCUGUUGGAGAGCAUGCCUGCCAUCAGAUCCUUGCUCUUUUCAUCACGUUUCAGUGCCUCUGGAGAGCUCAGCUUUACAAACAUGACACCAACAAGAUGCUGGUUUCAACAUGGGCACCCAGCCACACACUGUGACCAAGGCAGAGAUCCCUGACUAUGUUCUUUACACUGUAGGAACAUGCGUGCUCAUUAUUGGCUCCAUUGGCAUCAUUGGAAACCUUCUAGUUCUCUAUGCGUUUUACAGCAACAAGAAGCUGAGGACACCCCAAAACUACUUUAUAAUGAAUUUGGCUGUGAGUGACUUCCUGAUGUCAGCUUCUCAGGCACCCAUGUGCUUUGUCAACAGCUUGCAUAGAGAGUGGAUACUUGGAGAUAUAGGCUGUGACUUGUACGCUUUCUGUGGGGCACUCUUCGGAAUAACUUCAAUGAUGACUUUAUUAGCUAUUUCUGUUGACCGCUACCUUGUGAUCACUAAGCCCCUGCAAUCCAUACAGUGGAGCUCAAAGAAACGCACCAUGCAGAUCAUCGCUGUUGUGUGGCUGUACUCACUGGCAUGGAGUGUGGCUCCGCUCCUCGGGUGGAGUUCCUAUGUGCCUGAGGGGUUGAUGAUAUCCUGUACAUGGGACUAUGUAACCUACUCCCCUGCAAACCGAAGUUACACCAUGAUUUUAUGUUGCUGCGUGUUUUUUAUUCCCCUGAUAAUAAUAUUCCAUUGUUAUUUAUCUAUGUUCCUGGCCAUAAGACGUACUGGCAGAGAUGUUCAAAAGCUAGGGUCCUGCAGCAGGAAAUCCUACCUCUCUCAAUCCAUGAAGAAUGAAUGGAAACUGGCAAAAAUUGCUUUUGUGGUCAUCAUUGUGUUUGUCUUGUCCUGGUCUCCAUAUGCUUGUGUCACCUUGAUUGCCUGGGCAGGUCGAGCCAACACCCUAACACCGUAUUCCAAAUCUGUGCCAGCAGUUAUUGCCAAAGCUUCUGCAAUCUACAACCCCAUCAUAUAUGCAAUAAUUCACCCAAGAUACAGAAAAACCAUCCACAACGCUGUUCCCUGCUUGAGGUUCCUAAUACGAAUAUCGAAGAAUGACCUCCUGAGAGGCUCCAUAAAUGAGUCAUCUUUCAGGACCUCUCUCUCCAGCCAUCAGUCUCUUGCUGGCAGGACCAAGAGCACUUGUGUUUCAUCAGUUUCCACUGGAGAAACUACCACUGAUUACACAAUGAUGCAUGACAGUAUCAACUGUGAUGAUUCAGUAAACUGUAAAAUACCCAGAUCAUCCUUGAAAUAUGAGACCUGGAGUGAUGUAGAACUUGACCCUGUAGAGCAAGCUCGUAAGAAGCUGCAGCCAUGCCGAAGUCACUCUUUCUCAAGUCCAAGACAGGAGAAGAGAGAUCUGCUCCCAAAGACCUGCAGCUACAAUGCAGCAACUGCAGAAAAGGUUUCACUCUCCUCCAGCUGUUUGGAGAAGGUGCUUAGGCAGCCAGUCCUACACGGUCUCCCUGCAACACUUGUGAGCAGCUCCCUAAAAGCAGCCUCUCUGCCUGUUGGUCUGAAUAGCAGCAGUGUGAGUGGAGGAGAGGGCUCAGGUACUCCACAGACAGCAGCUCAAGAAAGUCAAGUGAACGGAGUCCUGGGCUCCAUCAUUAGCAGUGCAGUCCCUCGCAUCAUCAUCAUUCCUACCUCAGAGACAAACCUAUUUCGAGAGGAACUGGAAGAGGAAGAGACUGAAUUAUUCCACUUUCAUGACAAAAAGGGCAAUCUGCUGGACUUGGAAGGGCUUAGCUCAUCCAUGGAGUUCCUUGAAGCUGUUGAGAAAUUUCUAUCAUAAGUUUCUCAAAAGAAAACUUUCCAGUAAUUAUUUUCUUGGCAUCUUCUCCACUUAAUUAUACCAAAUAACCAAAGCCUUGUAGGUUAGAUCAUCAGACUUGCUGUAUGUUUAUACAGUAGUCACUAGGCAGCCUUCAGAUUUAUCUUUGUCCAGACCAGCUCAGGCAUGGAAACAGGCUUUCUUUCAGAUUAUGCUGCAGGAAAUGAGCAGCGGAAGAUCUGGCAACAUGAUCGAUUGACACUGGUCUUGCUGUCUGCCUGCUUCAUAGGGCCCUGACUUGUAACCACAGAUGAAGGUGCCAGCAGAAGGAAAACUGACUGAGCAACAGCAGGGGCAGCUGCUGAAUGUUUCUGCUACCUGCACAUGAAGUGGCAUUACUGUUUUGGCCGCUGUCUUUUGGAUGGUGAUGGGAAGAGCCACAAGACCACAGUUUCCACCAGCCGCAGCAGUAACGCAGAUGGCUCAAUGAUCUGAACUAAAUUUUAAUCAAAUUAUUUUCAGUGUGACUUCUGUUGUGUUUUGUUUUUUAAAUAGGCAGCUUGCUAAAAAAUAAACAAACAGAUGGGGUAACCGGGAAGUGACUGCUUGCCUUUGAAGUUUAGUGCUAGAAGUCUGGAUUUUACCUCAGCAUCAGUGUGAUUACCUGAAUGUUGAAACACCAGGUGCUGUAUGCUAAAACAUACGCUACUACCUAUAGAAGCAUUUAGAGCACCUUCAGAGUUACAGUCUUGAUUAGAUAUAUGUGGAUCCUAAUUAGUCUGUGAUUAAAAGGGUGAAUGUUCACAGCUGGCUUGAGAAGUCAUUGAUAAAAAUAAAGCCUUGGCUGCUACGUAUAACUUCUUUCUUCAGAGGAGAUUCUUCUCCUCUC